AAAAAAUUUGAGUAGUGGGGGCGACGUGACACGGCAUUUUCCAAUUAAUCCAAACGAAAUGGUAGUCUGAUUCUCAGAGUCAGAGAUCUUCGGAGUCCAUUCCAGAAUCGAAUCAAACUCAGCGCUGCUCUUAAUCCACACUCAAUUCAUCUUCAUUUUUUCUACAAUCUCUUCGCAUUUCGUUGAAAUUUUAAAGAUAUGGAAGGAACAGUGUUUACUCCAUCGUUGGAAGGAAUGAAACAUAUCAAAUCUGAAAAAGGGCAAAUGCUCACCAAGCCUUUCUUGGAUGUUUGCAAAUUGAUUUUGCCCGUUAUAGACAAAUUUGGAGGUGCACUUGCCCUUGUAAAGUCUGAUAUUAGCGGCAAUAUAACGAGGUUGGAAAAUAAAUAUUUAUCCAAUCCCACUGAAUUUGAGAAGCUGUACAGCCUUGUACAAGUAGAAGUUUCAGCUAAAACUGCCAAAGGAUCAUCUAGUUGUACCAAUGGUCUUCUCUGGUUGACAAGAGCAAUGGAUUUCCUGGUGGAAUUGUUUCGCAACUUGCUUUCACAUCCAGAUUGGCCAAUGUCACAAGCUUGUACAGACUCCUAUACCAAGACCCUGAAGAAAUGGCAUGGUUGGCUUGCAAGUUCAAGUUUCAUGGUUGCUAUGAAGCUUGCACCAGAUAGGAAGAAGUUCAUGGAUGUGAUAGGUGGCUCUGGUGAUGUAAAUGCUGACAUGGAGAAAUUUUGUGCUACCUUUUCUCCAUUUCUUGAGGAGAACCACAAGUUUCUGGCUACUGUUGGUAUGGAUGAUCUGAAAGCUUCAUGAUGGAAGAAUUCUUUGUUUCGCGGCUGUUGCUUACACCUACUCUUUUAUGUUGCCUCUUAUUUUUUCAGCUUCUAAAUACCUAGUCAUUAAUGACUUUGAUAUAUGCUCUCCUUCUUGGAGACUAUUUUCGUUAAACUUGUACAUGAAGUUGCUGCUGUACAAGUUGUGGUCAAUACAUGUUUGAUUUCAAACUGGAAAAGAUUUUUUUGAUACUGGGUUGGAAAUUUUGUUGAGGAUUUUCUUGCUUUAAGCUUGGCAUUUGGCCCUUUGAAUUGA